ACAGCGCAUGAACUCAUGUAAACAGGUGGCUGUAGCCAUUGCCCUCGGACACAACAGCGUUCCCAGUCCGUCGUGCAAAGGCCUCUCACAUAGUUUUCCGAUCUGUCAGGUCAUGAUGGAGACCGAAAACUUCCUCUCGUAUAUCCCUUUGCAGGAAAUGCGAUGUGUUCUGCACUGGUUUUCUGACUGGUCAGAAUCACAGCGCAGUCGUUUUCUUCAGGACCUGGUGUGCAAGGCUGUUCCUGGAAAGCUAUGUUUGCUUUUGGAUGGAUUGGGGUCUCUUCAGCUAUCUGCCCCACCACCCAGUUUGUUUCAGUGCCAGCUUAGACUCUGGGAUCAAUGGUUUCAGGGAUGGGAUGAAGACGAGAGAAAUCAAUUCUUGCAUCGCCUUGAGGAGCAGGAUCCCGGCUUUGUGGCCAAGUUCUACGAGGAGGUGGCAGGGACUGCAGGGAAGGACUAAGGAAGGGUAUUUUCAGUUUAAAAAUGCAGUCGGCUUCCACAGAGCAUGAAAAAAAUGGAACAUGUACCAUAGGAGACAGACUGGCAAAAAGAGAUAUAAUCACACUUUCUUCCAAAGUGCCUGUCAGUUACAACUUAUUUUUAUUGGGAUCCUUUCUUGUUCUUUCAUAUAAAUCCAUGUAUAUGUGGCAAGAUAAUUGUCAGCUUCUCUCUGUGCUGAUUUGUGGAGGUCUUUGCUUUUUUACAACUUGUUCAAAUGGCUGUAGUUUCAGCAGAAAGCACUAAUGGUUAUGUACCAAGCACUUUUGCAUUUUGCUAGGUUUUUCACAAAACCUAGCAGCAAAUUUGAUUUGACAAUUUGGAAUUUUUACAUGAAAUAUGUUUUACAGAAAAAAAAAACGAUGUCCUUAGUCACACAAGGUCCGCUGGUAUUUGUGGCCUUUCAUGAUUACUUGUUUCUGGUGGAUAACUGCUGCCCACGCGUAAGAAUUGUCUUCGCAGUUUAUACCAAAAGAGAGCAAAUAUGAUUGCUGCACCACAAACCGCACAGCAGCCGCCUCCAAUCACAUAACUGUAAAGCAUAUGACUGACAUAUAAAGCAGGAGGAUCAGAGUCUAUAAACCUGUGGAGAAAUUGAGCGAGACAUUAGGAGCAGAAGCCAAUAAAUAGUGGCUUGUCUGAGCAAAGAAAAGUGUUGACAAAAGGAGACGGUUGGUGCAAAUGAACUAACAAAGAAAUACUUGUUAAUAUUAAGGUUCUACCAAAAGUUAAAUGCCAUUAAAAACUUUAGUUUUGUCUCAAAA